GGACAUAGGAAAUACUUUAAGGAUAUUGAUAUAUUUUGGAAAAAAAUAGAAAGAGAGCAAAAUGAGCUUAAAGCUUCUAGCUACAUUUUAGAUGAUACACACAAAGUUUUUGAAACAACUAUUGAAAAUAUUCAUUCCUCUAUUGAGAAUGUUAAUGAUAAACUGGAUCAAGCAACAGAAUAUAAAUAUGGGACUCAUAAAAGAAUCCACAAAACAUUUGAAGAAAUUGUUACUGAUACUAUAGCUAAUAAUAAUAGUGAUGGUGAAGAUUUUAUAAAUGAAGAUAAAGAAAUUAAUGAAAAAAUAGAUUUUGAUUUUGAUAGUUUAGAGCGAGAAUUGAAAAUUGAAUGUGAAAAACAAUGGGAAGUAGGAAAGAUAAAUGUUACAAGAAAAUUCAAAGAUUACCAGUAUAAUCUUCUUUAUGAAAUUGAGAACAAAAUUAAAAAAUUAACUUGGAAUGAUACUAUUGAUAUAUUGGCUUUGGGGUCAAUAAUAGUUCUUGAUUGGCCUUGCCCUUAUUAUACCUUCACUACCGAUGAGUGGCUUGAAAUAACUGAGACUAAUCCAUUCAAACUGAAGGAACCAGUAUUAAAUCCAAGUUUAUCAUCAUCAUUAUGUGAUGCCACAUAUAAAAAAUCAUUAGGUUUAGCAUGUGACUUUGAUCCAGAUGAUACUAUUAAAUAUAGUAAAUUAGCUCAACGAAUUUUCAACAACUUUGGUCCUUACAAAAAUUAUAAAUUAAAGUUAAAUCAUAUUGUUUAUGGGAGUCAAAAAAGACAAGAUUUUGCUUGUAUUUUGGAUGAUAUCCCAAUCCUUAAUUCUGAAGUUAAACCGAUUGGAUUCACAAAGUUGCAAAGGAACAAGGACUAUUUAAAGGUCAACUUUAGAGCAAAAAAAACCAUUAACACAUUAAUAAAUAAUAAAAAUGGUUCUGAUAAAGCAAUAUUUUUCAUCAAUAUGGGUAACACUAUGGAGUCAUUUACAAUGGAUCUUGAAUUUGAGGGAAUUUAUCGAUCUUGGCCUUUGUUAAAAUCUAAUAUUGUAAUUGAUAUACCAUCACUCCCAAUGUUUGUUUCAACAUUCACUCAUUUUAUCACAUUAGAGCUGUAUCAAUGUGCCGGUGGAAUAUUUUUAUUUAAAUAUGGAGAAUUUUUCUUUUUCCAUUAUCCCGAAGUACAAAUUUAUGGCGGAUAUGCCAUGGCACAAGCAUCCAUUGCGAUUAUAGCAGUAAUUGGUUUCUCAUUGAAAUCAUAUAUAAAUGGUAGAGUAAUAUUUAAAACAUAUCCAAUAAUACUAUUAUUAGGAUCAAUCAGAGCUGGAUUAAUGGCAUGGAGUUUGCAAAAAUAUAAAUAUCGUAUUGUAUGGACUUGUAAUAAUGGUGGGGUUCAAUGGUCGGAUCCUGACUCACCUGAUUAUACACCACCGUUACUUGAUUCUAAAAGAUUACCUCUCGGAUUUUGUAAAAGUGGUAUUGAUAAUUUUGUUGCAAUUUUCACUCUUUCCUUGUUAUUGGAUUUUGUAAUAAUGGUAAAGAUCAAUUAA